CCACGUCGUUGACAGCUUGUGUCUAGUUGUGAACUGAGCUCGAUGUCUUGGGAAGGCACUCAUACUCAUAGUAGCACAAUAUUCAAUAAGCAAGAGUCCAUAAACGUUUAUGGACUCUUGCUCAUAGUCAUACCGGUAGUUAUUAUUAUCGGGAUUCGUGAUACAGACUCAUGUAGUUGACACGGCCAAUGCCAGACCCGAUCACCUGGUGUUGUCUCAGUGACCACACGCAGACGGACUGGGGUCGGGUGCAUCUCGACUUGCUCAAAAUAAUGUUUGGGCGAAGUAUGCCAUACCCGUUCAGUGGAUCCGAACACCGUCUAGCGUCCGACCUGUGAGAUCCCACGGAGCGGAAAUACUCACACAUGCGAAGGCUUGACUGAGUCGACGAGUUGUUUUUCGAAUCAGCAUUGAGGACGUUGCCUUCCUUGUGUUAGUCGUUGCCUCGUUUCUUGUGAAAGGAGAUCCACGGCCACAUGCAGUCCACUCCCUGAGAGCUGAAGGAGGCGUCUCCAGACGGACCCAGGCUUUGUUGUCAUUCCUGUUGCGAAGUCCACACGUCUCCAACACCAGGGCACGAAGUUCUACAGUCCGAAGUGGUUACUGGUGGAAGCUCUGUUGGUGCCGCGAAGAGUGUAGCCGUAGGUCUGCCCAAGCGGCCAAGGCGCACUUCCAGAAAGCAAAUUCGCAUGCUCUGAGAACCGCGAAGGUUCUCUGCCCUGUACGUGGACUGCAUAAGUUCUUGUGCUCUUGCUCUUACCACGAAGCUAGCUACUGGCGAGUGUGAAAACAGCACCUCGCGAGCUCGGUACCACCUCCUCAACCCUCCCUCUCGUAAAUCUACGACCACCUUGCACCUUGAACAAGCCGCUAACGCUGGAGCUUUGUGCCAGGCCGAGCUCGAUCGAGCUCUUCGAAGCCGCCUCGCCUAGCGAGCUGCGAGAAGAACUGCAAAAAGUGUGAUCGAUCAUGUGAGUGAGUGGAAGUCCGUGAAUAUUUUUCAAGAAUUUAUUUCGCCGGCUGAAACAACCUUGCCUCUUGUUUGCGUGGGUAUUAUCGGGUACUACGCUGUGGUUUGGACAUUAAUUUUUGGAUUGAGGAGGACUCCACUUUACUUCUCUGCUUGUAGAGUAAUUGUGCCGCCAGGCGGAGGUUCAGUUUGGUUUCCGAUGCUGCCUGCGUGAGGAUUUUACCUGAGCUGUGGAUCGCAUGGUGGAGGUGGCAUGCGGACACAUCAGUUCGUGCCAAACGGUGACGAGCAAAGUAAUGUCUCCUCCUUGAGAGGGCAAUGAAAGAUACAUGCGUCGCCAAGGCAGAGCAGGCAGCCUGUGGACGUCCCAGCGCUGCAGGUAAACCCUCCAUGCGACCCGAUGGAGACGCGAGCGGGAACUGUCAGGAUGGCAGGAGCUUGGAAGCUCUGCUGCCCAAGCUGAAGUCCAUCAGCGAGGAGCAGGCAUGGGCAAUUUGUUUCCUCACUUCACUGUCGCUUGUUGAGAGCAAUCCUCCAGUUGACUUUGAGUUGUCGAUGACAAAUGUCCACGCCACAUCCUGCGGCUCAAUUGUCAUCAAGAAGGAGUCGGACAAGGAGAGGAACAGUGGUUCAGCGCCGAACACGGGGAGUGGCAGUGAUGGAGAGUCCGGCGGAGAUAGUGAGGACGAGGAGACUGGUCCAAUGAACGAAGAAGACGUCGUGACAUCACUGGGUAUGCUGAUUUACAAUGCCCUGGACUACGGCCUGAAUGAAGACGCCGAGCGAGAGUUGACGGCGGAGAUGCAGGAGCUGAUCGAGAAGCUCACCACGGAGCCUGACGACGACAGCGGUGGCAACGGCGAGUGCACGUCGGACGCGAUCUUCUCCGGCGAGGACGACGACUCUCCGUUCGUGUGGCCUGCCAGUCCCGUUACGACACGGCAGCUCAUCAAGGUGUGCGAGUUCCGUGUCAACACCAAAGAUCAGCCGGCGGUCACCCAUUACCAGGACACAUGCCGGAAAAUGGUGCAAGAAGCCGACGUGCUGGCUCUGUACAGAGAUGCCGACGGCGAGUACAUCAUGGGCCUGGACUUUCUUGAAGAAGCUCCGCCUGCGCUGGUUCGCUGCUGGCGCGAUGUCAUCCAGGAGAUAUUGAAGAAGGAGAUUAAUCUGAGGCCUACACAGCAGGUGAAGAGCUAUGCGGCACUGCAGGCCAGCAUGCUGGAUCAGCUGCGACGCGGAAGUCUGGUCACGUCCUUGAGACACGUCGAGCCUGUCCCGCGGACUCCGCGAAAGAAUAUCCUGCGUGACAUUCGGCAGGGCCUGAAGCUCAAGCCGGCCGCUGAACGGAUCCUCUCGGAGAAAGUGAAAAGCAGGACGGAGAUGGAGACGCUGAUGGACGAGAUCAGCGAGACUAAGACGCGCGCUGGACUUCGCACUGUCCCGGACCAAGACAAACGCUACCGGGACAGGCCUGCGCCGGACUCCACCACCGUUCUGUAUCGGGCAUUGCGCAGAGCUGAGAUGGAGCGGCAGGACUAUGGCGCCACGUCAGUGGACAAUGAUCGAGCUCACUUACGAGCACCAGGCCACCACCGUACACGCUCGUGUGGCAUCAGCAAGCGCAAGCAGACCCCCAAUCGCCGUCACCUACGCAUCGCCCUGGAGAACAACCAUGCCCAUGCCCGCUCCUCAUCGUUCACCAGCUCCCUCUCCUCCCCUAGAUUGCUUCCCGACCACAUCGACGGUGGCGACACACCGCCAAUUCGAAGCGGCUCUUUCGUUGAUUUCAAGGGCUUCUCGCCGCAAGGCGUUAAAAAGCCGGCGCUGAACCUGCCGGGUUCCACGUCAUCGGGCACCGCAAGCAGUGGAGACACGCUAAUCCCGAUUGCCGCCGCCAGCAACCUGACGACAGUUCCGUCGCCAUCCUGUCCACUGCUGACCAGCGAGGCGCAGGAGCUCAUCAACGCCAAGCUCGAGCCCCUGGCACAGCCGGCCGGUGCUCCACCCGACGACGCGUCUUCGCAAGGGGAACAGCAGUCUGCAGUGCCAGAUCAGCUUGCUCUCUUGUCGGACACAGCCCAGCAGCAACAACCGCUUCCACUACUAUCGCCCAAAAACUCACCAGACCUAGACGAGCAGCUGGGUGGUAACGCUAUGAAGUCGUUCACAUCGGAAUCUGCACCAAUAUCGAAGCGGCAGAGCAUCACCGGCGUCCAGCUGACGGAGCUUGAGACCAACGGCGACGAUUCGGUGUUUCAGUCGCGCCAACAGCUGUGGCGCCCUCGUCGCUCCGAGGUGGGCCUCAACUCGCUGCACCACUCGCCUCGUCCGGCGCUGCGACGAAGAGUAAGUUCGGGCUCUACCGCCUGUCCACGCCUACCCAGUCGCGAAUUGACGUCCCGCCGGCCUAGUUCGCUACGACGCAGUGCUCGCCUGCAGUCCACGAGCAGUCACUCGCUGGAGAAGCCCAACGUGGAGAGCGUGACCAAAGCCCAGGCCCAGGACCUGUCGCUGAGCGAGACGCUCGCCCAGUCCGCCGACUUCCAGCCGCUACCCCUCCUCGCGACGGGUGACAGCACACCGGCGUUGCAGGGCGCCCGGUCCCACGGCAAGCAGCUGGUCGCGUCGUCACGACUCCUGACGCUCGACCAGCCGUUGCCGCUGGGCCACUACCGGCACCAGUUCUUGCACCUUCCGUCGGCGGCUGAGAUGGGAGGUGGCGUGGCGCAAGACCAGCUAUCCGUGGCCAGUACGGAAAGUGAUCAUCGUCUGUCGGUAUUGGAUGAACCGGACUGUCGCAAGGGAGAUGAGUUGAGUGCUGACGAGAUGCCUACGCCAACGUCACGCUCACGUACUCGCACGACAUCCACCUCGCAAUCGUCAGCCAUGCCGUUGCUGAUGACUGGCGGUCUCAGCUACAAGGAGAUAGUCAAUAUUCGAACCAAGCAGACGGAUGCUGAAAUCGAGGCGCAGGAUGACACCGGCACUAAGAUCAAGCUGCGCAACGGAAAGGUUUGCUUUGUGUGUAAGAAGAAGCGCUUCACUUUCUUCAGCCUCAUUGGUGCACGCACAUGCAUCCUCUGUGGAAGGAAAGUCUGCCAAGAAUGCACCACAAAGAUGGUUCUUCUCGACGUGGACUUCACCGACUCGAUUGUGUCUGACCUGGAAGCGCUGUCCCCGAUCGAAGCCUGCUUCGGCUGUCGUAUAUCACUGCUCGACAUUCAAACUAGUUACAGAGCACCGGACGAGUGGUCCGUGUGCGACUGAAAACGGGCGCCCCAACCGUCCGUCCACAUGUAGUGCAGUACAGUGGCCCCACCUCUGCAUGAGCCAUGACUGGAUCAGCUGCACUCAAUGUUCCCUGCAAGCGCGCAGCCGACCAUACAGCCAAGCCACCUGUGCACCUACUCUGUGCACUAGUGUAGACCUGCCAUCUGGCCUCGGCUCAGUCUCCACGAGGACACCACCGUCACGUGGACAGAUUCGCGGGUACCGUACCCGUUCUACAAAUUUCUAUUUACCUAUCGCACAGUGCAGUCAGCAUGCACGCAGGACGGCUUAUUGCAAGUACGACCAGUGCUGCUGCUGCUGCUGCUGCUGCUGGUGAUGGUGUCUCUGCUAUGCGCAGACCCCUCAUUACAUGGUUGAGUAGCACCAUAUUAGGAUAUAACAGCUGUAUUGUAUUAGUAGUAGCAGCUGCGCCCCCACACGACAACGACAACAAUGACAAGACGCCAGUCGACGCUGAUGACGGCAUCCACCACCGUCGCUACGUGUACAUGCACGUCAGUAGCCUGUCACGGCGUCACGACAAUCACAACAAAGUGAGUAGCAGCAGUGACUACGCCUUGACCCCUGACACUAUACUAUUAGCAACGGCAGCAACGGCCACCAGGCAAGCAAACAGCUUUGCUGUCUCGCCCCCUCCCACCCCUGCUCAUUUCCAUUGACUACCACCCCCGUCUUAUCCCCCGUGUAGCCCUUCUUAUUUACGUUUUUAUCAUGAAAAUAUCUCGUCUGCCUUGGGAAAAGGAAAGCGGUGUAUUCCGUGACGUUUUUUCAUCGUCUAUUAUUAUUUUUUGUACUGUUCAAAUAUUAUCUUGAGGGCGCUAUUUAAGUGGUCCCCAAUUCUUCCUAGCACUUCUUAUGAUGAAAAUGUUUCUAUUAUUAUUUAUUUUCUGACUCUUACUCUCUUUUCUAUAUGUUCUAUAUUGCUCCGUGGA